ACUUAUCGGUCAUCAACGAGGCCAGGAACAUGGUGUCUGACCUGCUGAUGGACUCGUCCCUGUCGCCCCACACUGUCUCUUCCCUGCGCAGCGUCAGCAGCCUUAUGGGGACCUUCUCUGGCUCCUGUCGGCCCAGGGUCAACCCCUUCACCCCCUUCCCAGGUUUCUACUCUUGUACCGAGGUGGAGGACCCUGCAGAGAGGAGCGACAGGAAGCCCCUGAAGGGUCUUAGCAGCAGGAACAGCCUGCCCACCCCCCAACUCCGCCGGGGCUCCACCUCCUCCCCUCUCCCCCCUCUGGAGUCGGCCUCCUCCCGCUGGGAACGCAACAACGGCAAGAGACCGGGACCCCACCCUGACCUCAAUAUGACCAGCCCGGGGUCUCUGUCCAAUGGGCCCAAUGCUAACCUGUUGACCAUCCCUAAGCAGAGGUCUUCCUCUGUGACCCUGACCUACCAUGCCGGGCCCAGGAGAGCAGGUGCGUCACCCAGCCUGAGUCCUGUCACCUCCAUAAGCCACUGUCCACCGGGGGGAGGUCCAUCCUCCCAGGUCACGCGCCCCCCGGUGGAGUUCCCUGACACGGCUGACUUCCUCACCAAGCCCAGCGUCAACCUGCACAAGCCCCUGGGCUACAUCCUCAGCUCCCCUGACUUCCAGGGGCCCUACCGCAGCCCCGCGGCCCUGUGCACCAGCUGUGGUCGUCAGAUGCUGAAGAACAUGCCCAGUAUGGAGGCGGGGGAGGGACACCUGCCGUUCACUGGUCAUGCUGAGGCCCAGCGCAGACGCUCAGCAGGUGAGGGGUCAGAGUUCAUGGGGGAGGCACUGAUCAGGGAGGAGAGUGUGGAGGCCGAGUCGACGGGGGACAGGAGUCCAGAUGCAGGGAGCCGGGGCCAGACAGACGAGGAGGAGCAGAGCCCCACCACAGAGCAGCAGACUCAGGAAACAGCGGGUGAGUUCAGACUAGACCCCCUGCUGGAGAACCACGAUGAACUCAUGGAGAAGAUCAACAGUUGGAACUUCCAGAUCUUUGACCUGAUGGACAGAACAGGAGGGAAGACAGGAAGAAUACUCAGCUACGUGACCUACACUCUGUUCCAGGACACUUGUCUGUUUGAGAUGUUUAAGAUCCCUGUGAGGGAGUUCAUGUCCUACUUCUGUGCUCUGGAGAACGGCUAUAGGGAUAUUCCCUAUCAUAACCGGGUCCAUGCCACUGAUGUGCUCCAUGCUGUCUGGUACCUGACCACCCGGCCUGUCCCAGGGUUCCAGCAGAUCCACAACGAGCAUGUGACAGGAAGUGACACUGAUUCAGACAGUGGGAUCUCGCCGGGUCGGGUAUCAUACGCCUCCUCCAAGAGCUCGUCCAUCUCUGACGACAGCUACGGCUGCCUGGCAUGGAACAUCCCUGCUCUGGAACUCAUGGCACUAUAUGUAGCAGCUGCAAUGCAUGACUAUGACCACCCUGGUCGCACAAACGCCUUCCUCGUAGCCACUAACGCAGCUCAGGCUGUGUUGUAUAAUGACCGUUCUGUCCUGGAGAACCACCACGCUGCGUCGGCCUGGAGCCUCUACCUGUCCCGGCCAGAGUUCAACUUCCUGGCCAACCUGGACCACGUGGAGUUCAAACGCUUUCGCUUCCUGGUCAUUGAGGCCAUCCUCGCCACAGACCUGAAGAAGCACUUUGACUUCCUUGCCGAGUUCAAUUCAAAGGUGAAUGAUGUGAACAGUCCAGGAAUCGACUGGACUAAUGAGAAUGACCGGCUGCUGGUGUGCCAAGUCUGCAUUAAGCUGGCAGACAUCAACGGGCCGGCCAAAGGGCGUGAUCUGCACCUCAAGUGGACAGAAGGCAUUGUCAAUGAGUUUUAUGAGCAGGGGGAUGAGGAGGCCACUUUGGGAUUACCCAUCAGCCCCUUCAUGGACCGCUCCUCUCCCCAGCUGGCCAAGCUGCAGGAGUCCUUCAUCACACACAUCGUGGGGCCGCUCUGCAACUCGUACGACGCCGCUGGUCUGCUCCCUGGCUACUGGAUCGACGAGGAGCGCUCUGAGGAUGAGGAUGAGGAAGAGCAGGCAGAGGACACAGAGACUGAUGAAGACGAGUUGGAGGAGGAGCUCGAACCAAAAAGGAGAAAGGGCCGGCGUCGGCUGUUCUGCAACAUCAUGCAGCACCUGACGGAGAACCACAAGGUGUGGAAGAAGACCAUCGAGGAGGAGGAGAAGAGCAAGGAGAAGCAGCAGGCCAACAGCCUGCCUCCCAGCCUGCCCCCUUCACCCUCUGACGACCAGAUCCAAGUCAUUCAGGAGGAGGAGGAAGGAGAGGAGCGCCAGUAGCAGGAGGAAGAGGAAGAGGAGGAGGAGGAGGGACAGAGCCAGGAUGCUCGGGAAGGGCGGAACAGUGAAGGAGAAAGUCCUUCAACUCCUCCCUCUUACACACACACACACAAAUAAAAACAUUUGUACACACACACACAACACAUACGUACACACACAAACUAUAGACAUAUACACAAACACAUACACAUACAGGAUGACCCUUCUGGAUCUCCACACGUUGAAAUUGUCACUGUGCCGACACUCAGACGCUAAUGCAGUCAUGUUGUUUUGAAAAAAAGGCCUUACUACUGUGAGGGGAUCCUUGCUGCAAUGGUGGGAGCCCCACUCCUAUGCACUUUCACCCCAUGGAGAGUAGACCAAGAACAAACACCAGAGCUGAGGACACUGGUGUGGAGAGGAAGAGAGGAAAGGGUCUGGAUGUGCCCUCCAUGGUGAUCUGGCUGUAACGCUGCCUUGAACGCAGAGCACUUAACUCUUCCUUAGGUACUAAAACAAAUCCUAUUAUUUACAAUAGAAGGAGAAGAAAAAACACCUUGACGUGGUUGACAUCCGUUACCAAAGCGAACAGUUCAAACGUGGAAAGACAAGAGACUGAGACUAUUUCAGGCUCACUGUCAGGAAUAUUCUAGAUCUAUAUAUCAAAUGUGCCUGUCUGAACCUUUACUGAGUCCCCUGGUCCAGACCCUAGGUUGGUCUGUGCAGUCCUCUCCCCUUGCUGGCGACACGAAACACUGUAU